AUGUUUAGAGGAGAUAACGCACAUUCAUUAAGUUAUGAACAGCAAGCUAAAUUUAUUCAAGAUAGAAUUUCAAAUGUUGAAAAGAAUUUCGGCGACCUUUGCGUUGGUUUCGGAGAUUACACCAGAAAAACCGCCAGGUUACGCGAUAUGGGUGACGAACUAGCUAAAAUUUUUAAGGAUUACGCCAACAAUGAAAUAGUAAACAAAUCGCUAAGUACAGGGCUUGAUAACUUAUCAGUAACGCUUACUGCUAUAGAGGAAUAUAGAAACUGCGAAGUUCAGCGCUUGGAAGCAAAGGUUAUAGGGGAGCUAUGUCAAUAUGAAAGUAUUUGUAAGCACGCAAGAGAGGAACUCAAGCAUACGAUGAAUGUAAGGGAAAAGGAAAUGGCUAGAAAGAAAGUCCUGGAUAAAGCCAAAGAAAGACAGCCGUUUAACAGGCAACAAGUAACUUACGCGGAAUCUGAACUGCUGAAAGCGUCGGCUGAAAUGUCUCGAUCUGCGAAAGGUUUGAGCGAACAGACAGAAUUUUUCGAAAAACGCAAAUUGGUGCAGCUGAAGACACUUCUCUCAGACUUUGUGCGGAUAGAAAUGACGUUCCACUCGAAGGCAGUGGAACUGCUCAGCGUUGCGUUCCAACAGAUUGCUGAUAUCAAUGACAGGGCGGAUCUAGAGAACUUUAAACGGAAACUGCGAUCACCGGAAAAGCAAGUGAGCACUGGGAUAUCUGUGAGAUCGUCUUCACUGGCGUCUCUCAUGAAUCCACAGUUCUCUCCGGCGAGAGAAGAUGACGACUCAAUGAGUUUGGGAAGAUUACGAUCGCCAGAAAAGAAUUUAUCGGCGAAGUCGAGAUCGCUGGCGGCGCUGAUGAAUCAUUCUUCAUCCAAAGACGAAGAGGAAACUACGGACUCUGAUGGCUCUCGGGACAACAGCACGUCUGAAGAAACGGAGUCUCGCUAAAAAUAUAAUGUUUAAUUUUGUUCUCUAAUUGUAGAUUA